AUGUCUGAUCCACCAGGCACCCCUCCGCACCCUACGCGUGCCCGGCGCUGGUCUAUAGGACCAAUGUUCCCCUUUAAGUGGUCUGAAACCGACUCGGAUACACAGACUAUUAUGUCCUCUGAGAUGGCUUUUGAAGCUGAGCCCGCCGAAGAAUUCGCUCUCAAGACCAACCCAUUUCUCCCACCCCUUCCACCACCACUCGAGAGCUUAGGCCAUAGAUCUGGCGCGAACAUCCUCAGAUUCCCCAACACUUCCACCAACUUCCAGGACGUUGAACUUCCUCUUGACAGCGGCUACGCUUCGAUCUUCCCCUUUCAUCUAUCAUCUUACGGCUCUAGAGCUCAAUACGCUCUCAAUCUAGACGAUCCACAAGCUUUCCUAACAUACAUUGUAGACAAGGCCUCUCUUAUACAAGCCGUCGACGCUAACCCUCAACGUAUCUUCGACGCGAUCAUCGCCAUGGGAUCAGAACGCGAGGAUCUACGAAAGCAGCGCGAUGCCCUCCUCGAUGAACGAGACAGGCUCAUGACCGAGCAGGGCGAGCUCCUUGCUGAGCGGGGCGAGCUCCUUGCCAAAGAGGAUGGGCUCUUCGUCCGACUGGAUAGAGUCCGCGGCGAACUAUAUGAAGCCCGCAACGAACUGAAGGGCAUCAAGCUGAGUUAUGAAGCCUCAAAGAUGGAUUGGGAAGCCCAGAAAAAAUCUUUUGAGGAGAUCGUGCUUGUGAAGAACAACCAGCAGCUGGUAUUCCUUCGGUCUAUUGAGCGGCUGAGGCUCGUCAUCUCCAGGGGCGGCCUCGAUCCAAAUUCGUGCAACCACGUCCCCUCUAAGAUCAUUCCUCCCCCUGAGCUUGGUCUCGGUCCAGGCGUAGAUAUGAGAAAUGCACAGGGUGCGGUCUCGGGUCUGUCUUACACCGGUGCUCAGACUAAGUUGGAUCCCAGCGCCCAAACCUUCACCCCCGUCCGCGCCAACGACUCACUUGCAUCGAGCUCGGCAGGACCAGUUCAGUCGCCCAUCUCUCUCAACUCCGUCCCCGACUACAUGCUACAGCAUAUCAUCUCAACACUUCCAGCUGGCUUUAAAGGUCUCUGCCCCAUCUCAAUGUCCUCCCACACGCCAUGUGCCGUUUCAGGCUGCCAGCUGGUCAAGCUCUGCCCGGCCUACAAUGAUGAGAUGACUAAUACUGGAUGCACUGACGAUGAGUGUCAACUUGCCCACAAAUACCGCACAUGUGAGGCAGAACUUGAUGGUGCGAGAUCCGUUUGUACUUUCUUCGAAGCCUAUCGUGGAGGUCGGAAUGGCCCGGCAGUGGUUAAGAGCGAGUUAAAGAAGAGACUUGACCACGUCCGCAAGAGAGUUCAUCAGGGAAAUUGUGAUGCGGAUGAGUGGAAGAGCCGUGAGGUUUUGGCGGGUUUGAGAGAUGUUCAUUUGGAGGGUAGAUUGCUGGGCUAG